CAGGCCUCUGCCUCCAGCGUUCCAGCUGAGGGGUCAAUGGCUGAGGAGCCAGGAGAGCCAGAAGAGAUUUUGACGCCCUUGGAGCGGGUGGCGAAGCUGCCUUGGGAGAAGCAAGAAAAGAUCUACGCCAUGCUUUUGCGCGUGCUGGAACGCCUAAGGGAUCAGCCGGAGGAGCCCAAGUUCCGCUCGCUCUCGGCCAAGAGUUCCAAGCUGCAGGAACUCUUGGAGCCUCCUGGAGGAGAAUCGCUUCUCCUCUGGUGCGGCUUCGUCCUGCAGGGCGAUCGGUACCUGGCCGCGGCUGCGGAGUUGGACUUCGGCGCGCGGCAUGAGGAGCUGAUGGCACAUGCUACGCGUGAACGAGAUACGGCCUUCCGCGCGGCUCGAGAUCAACGAAUUGAGGCGGAGAAAUUGAAGGCCCUCCCAACGGGUGACUUCGGCCCCCCGCUACGGCGCUGGGGCGGCCGGCUGCCAGGCUUUGGCUUCGGCGCUCAUCGCCUCGCAAGUGCGGGGAUGCAAUGCUCUAAGAUCAUGACGCGCGUCUCCUUGCCGCUAGAUCCCCGGCAGCCCCGCGGCUUCCAACUCCUGGACCUGGCUGCCGUCGGCCCGUUGGGCCCGUCGGCGACGUACCAGCUGAGCGGUGUGGUGCAACACAUCGGCAGCACGCCGUUCUCGGGGCAUUACGUAGCGUAUUGCUGGCACCACGCUUCUAAUCGCUGGCACUGCUUUGAUGAUGCCAAAGUGCGACCGGUGGAUCCCGCAACGGUUCUGGAGGCCUUGAACGAGGCCUAUGUGUUUUUCUUUGAACAAGUGCCGUGUGCCUAAAAGGAAACACAUUUGGAGGCGGCCAUGCAGGGCCCGGAGCCUCCCAGUUCUGCAAAAAAAGGAGCUGCGCGACCGUGCAGCCAACAAGAUGGCACAAAAGAGGAAUAUACAGACCAUUGGGUCCAAAU